CAUCCACCUCUAUUUUUCUACAGGCGGGGAAAUAUCGGAACCGGGGUGGUUGAUCGUCGACGGCAAUUAUCCACCGUCCUCCGCGGAGCGCACAGGUGAGCAGAAAAGCAAAUGAGGUGAGGAAAGAUCAAGACUUACAGCAAGUGUUUAUGCGGCGAUGGUACGUAGAGGGCUAGCCGGGACCGAGUCUUGGAAUGCAAAAGACCUAGCGCGAACUCUGGGCACCAUUUUAACUCAAAAGUCUGUUCGUCGCGGACCGCCCUGAAGCCGAAACCUGCAGACGUGAUCCAACAUCCAACAAGAUGAAGUUGUGAAGUUUCGCUAUCGCUGUUACUGUUUUGUUUUCGUGAACUCAGACCGCAUAGCAACCCAUGCGCGAUACUCACUGCUGUCGUGCGCGACAAUAAGUAGUUCCAAAACCGAUAUUUAAAAAAAACUUAAAAAAUAAAAUUGGCUAAACGUUUUAACGUUUUGAUAUACGAUUUCUAUAAUCGUGUUAGUCUUAAAUAAAUAUUUGAAUUUUAACACGAUUUUGGAUGGCAUUUUCAGAUGGAUACAUUUAUUUGCACCAAAUUUUGGUGUUUUGAAUUCCCAAAAGGAUAUUCGCACCAAAUUUUUCACGCCUUGGUUACUAUAUAUUUAUUGUAAGCACUCCACCGACGAUUGCAGACAACACCUUUUGUAGGCAACUCCGUCGUGAGUUUGCGAGCUUCGGUCCUCGACCUCGCUGCGCCUCCACCCUCGCUCGCGGCUUUUGCAAAAAUUAAUCGGUAAUCUUGGGGGUUGCCGGUUGCCCAACUCCGAGUUGCUGGAGCGUGGGGGUGCCUACAACUCUCCGUCUGCGUGCAAUCCGAUAAAAUUUUUUUUUCAUUGGUUAAAUAGGCUGAUUUUUUAUUGUUACAUGUAUGCAAAUCUCCAAAAUAUAAUUAAAAAUGAAUAAAAAAAAUCCAUUAUAAUGAUUAAACUUCUUUCACAACAAAUCAUUACAGAAUUUGAAUUUGAGGAAAGGAUAGACUGAUUAUGUCUAGUCACUCUCCUCGUAUCUACACUAUCUCACUAUAUUUCCGAAAUAGAUUUUGGUUUUGCACUAAGAAUUUUAUACAUUCGAGUAUAUACAACGAUGGCACGGUCAUGAUAUUAUAUUUGACAAAUAAUGGCCGGUUUACAAGUAUCUAACGCUUCAUUAGAUCUCCAGUAUGGAAUGCCCGCCAUUGCCCUCAACGAUCUUUUCUGUGCUCUCUUGUAUUAAAUGACUGGAGCCCCCCUCCCCCAAUGCAUUUAUGACUUUGGACAUGAGCAAAGUAGAUCAAUUUAAGAAUAUUAUCUGACACCUUGUAUUUUCAGUCUAUAGUGAACACAUGAGAGACUCCUCUCAUUUUGCUAUAAAAACCUUAUCACAGUGAUCGUUCCAGUUAAGUGUAUCAUUUAUUUGCACUCCCAGAAGUUUACCAGAUUUACAGAUUUCAAUAUUUUUAUCUUCAAUCUUAACAUCAGGUUUAACUAGAUUUUUCGUUUGGCUAGAGUGUGUAUUUGUAAUAUUUUUGAUUUUUCUGAAUUAAUCCUCAAAAAAUUUUCAUUAGCAAAGCUGACAAAACUUUCAUUGACCACAAUCGUUUUUAGGGGGAAAGCUAUAAAUAAUCAACAAUUUACUCAUGAAGAUAUAUGUUACUUAUUUCGUCCAGCUCAGUCGCAUCGUAAACCGUUUUUGCCAGCUCUCUUUUGUCAGCAAGUCAAGAUUUUCCAGUUUUCUUCAUCCGCUAUACUGAUUCACUUUGUUAUCCAUACAAAUUUUUUUUUGGUAUUUUUGGUAUAAAAAGAGGGGCCGGGUGGGCGUGUCAAAGAAGCGUGAAAAUAAUUUGGUGCAAAUAAUGUGUUGGGAAUUCAAAACACCAAAAUUUGGUGUAAAUAAAUUUAUACUUUUCAGAUUUGUUUUAGUAAAUGCAUUUUUCUGUAGAGGAGCUAUAUAAGUAAUUGUAAGUAUUAUCGGGUAGGGCUGCGAAGUAGUGAGUCCAUCGGGAGUAAAUUUUUCUCCCGAGGAGUCCCAUUCCCGGAAAAAUUCUCGUUUUCCCACCCACUCCCGGCGAGUUCUGUGUCCAAUAUCUCCCGGGAAUUCCCGUUCCCGAAAAAAAUUUCCCGGGAGUCCCGGUUAUUACUAUUUUUAAUUUUUAUAAUGAAAAUUUCAAAUAUAAGUAAGAACAAGUUUUUUUUACCUUUUUUAUAGCGAAAAUUCGAAUUUUUUGGAGUAUAAAACAGGGUUUUUUCUAGCGAAAAAUUGAAAAAAAGAAAAUUGUAAAAAACAGUUAAUUUUGCUGAAGGUUUUUCAUAAUUUUGCUCCCGGAAAUUCCCGCUCCCGAGAAAAUUUUCCCGGUUCACUCCUGCCUUGACAAAAUGGGUACUAAAUCGCUCCCGGGAGGCAAUUUUCUCGGGAAUUCCCGGGACUCCUGCAAAUUCCCGUUCCCGUUGGACACACUACUGCGAAGUGCGAAGAAAAGGCGGAGCCUCCCUAUCCCUAGUGCAAUGUAAUCGAAUGGGAGCCCCGCCCUUAUACACAUCCCAUAGUUCUCUACAACAAAUACAAAGCCUAGAGCUAUAUAUAUGGACAGACAAAUGCACAGAAAGACGACAAGACAACAAGAGUUUAAAGAUUUUAUUAAGAUAGAUAGACAGAUAGAUUGAUAGAGUAUUUAUUGAACAUGCGCCGGCAGGUGAAGUGACUUCUAUUGUGUGCUCCUGUUUGAGCGACUCUUGGGACGUCUUGGUGUCGAUUGGACUGCCGUUUGGAGCUUCGACAGGUGGCUGGGUGUCCCAAGUGCUGGUGUGAGUGAGGGCAGACACUUGGAGCGGAAAUUGUCUGAGAAAUUGGACGCCGAAAUGUCGCCGACGGACAACCCAUGCUGCUGCGGGCAGCCGGCUGGCCAUCCUACGACGGCCCCCAUCUGCAUUAGAACGGCUCUCCAAGUGCUCCAGGAAAGUGUUUCACACAUCCAGACUGCUGUCGACGACCUGAAGGUGCGCGUCCUGGCCCCGAAAGUCCCGCAAAUGUCGUCCUCUUCUUCAACCAAUGAAGUGACAGACCUAGUCGAAUGGACCAAUGAGCAGCCUGCUCAGCCAAAACAACAACAAUUUGAAUAUAAUGGCCCGCGAAUGGUUGAACUGGACGAAAAUCUUUUUCAAGACGCGCCUCAAGAUGCCUCUCUUUGCCACUGUGUCGGCGGCGACUUCGUGAUGGGCAAAGGACUUGCGGUUGAGAUGCGGCAGCGUUAUUGCCCGGACCCAGUACUGCGAUAUCUGCGCAGCCGAAAGUGGAGGCCAGGACAAGUCGCAGCGAUUCCGCUCUCCAUCGAUGGCAGGGUGACAAGGUAUAUAUUUCACCUGGUCACCAAGCCUUUCUCCAGGUACUGCCUCCCUCGACGUGAGGAGCUCCGUAGGACGAUCCGUGAGUUGGCCCACCAAUGCCAUAUUAAAAAGAUACCGGUCCUUGCUAUGCCCCAGAUCGGUGCCGGCCUCGACAGACAACCGUGGCAGUGGGUGAGGCAGGUCAUUCUGCAGGAGUUCAGGGGCCUAAACAUCGACAUCCUUGUCUACCGCCACCCAGGAGAGGGGAGAGGCGCCUUUGCUCGUCAAGCACAGAGGAAACCUGAAUAUGUAACGCAGCCUGACUUUUCCAGUGCAUCGUCCUUUGCAGCUCUGGCUCCUGAAGAGGAAAAGGGGAACCCUGAUAACUCUAGUCCACCUGAUAUUUUGGACCAAGUGGACGAGCUGAAACCCGAAAACGUUCAAAACCCUCAAAGGCGCUCCCCGCACCGAUUGGCAACUGACCUGGAGAAGAUGAUGGUUCGGCGAGGCCUUCCGCUGCCAGUGCUCGAUGGAGAGACCAACCAGCAGCCUCAACUUGGGCCGGGCGCGGCUUUAAAUGGCGCCAAAGUGCUGUCUACUCACCAGGGUGGGGUCAUCGGACGCGUGGACAAGGUGACUAGGGUGUCGGAGCAGUCCGCGUCCGCGUCUGGCCCCGCCCGCCAAGGUGAGUCAGUUUCUUUUUUAAAACCCAAUGUUGCUGCGGAUGAGAGCAGAUCUCCUUUGCCACUGACUGACGACGCCCCUGUUUCUAGCCUGUCUAGACCUGAGCCAAUGACGACGAGCAACGUAGUACAGCCUCAACCAGGGCCGGGCGCGGCUUUAAAUGGCGCCACUGAGCUAUUCACUCACCAGGGUGGGGUCAUCGGACGUGUGGGUGAGGAGACCAGGUCACAGUCCGCUUCUGGCCCCGCCCGUCAAGGUGAGUCAUCCCUGAAUUUGGUGGCCGACGUCUCAGCUGAGAUGGACGGGUCUUUUGUGUCGUCGAGUAAUGAGGCCAUUGUUUCCAGUGUAAAUCCUGAACCAGAUAGCGACGCAGAGCAGCCUCAACCUGGGCCGGGCGCGGCUAUAAAUGGCGCCACUGAGCUAUCUACUCACCAGGGUGGGGUCAUCGGACGCGUGGACAAGGAGACAAAGAUAUCAGAACCGUCCGCGUCUGGCCCCACCCGCCAAGCUUGCUAAAGACUAACAUCUAUGGGAAACUGAAUUCGAGGGAAAAAAUCAAAGACCUUCAGAAACCAAGACCGAGAUCUGCAUCGCCAUCGUUGCCAGCAUCACCUGCAUCCAGUGCCUUCGUAACGAAGCGUCAACAUC